CAAGUUCAUAAAGCUAGAAAACAGAGCACCACCCCCAUCCCCUCUCAAAAACCUCUCCUCUGUUUUUUCCCUUGUUCUUCUUCCUCUCCUUUCAGCCUCCGAGCUUUAUUCCUCUUCAGAAAACUCUCCUACUUCAGACAUACAGCCAGACCUCUCACUUUCACUCUCUCUUGCUCUAUUUCAGUAGCAACUAACUGCCGGCCAUUUCUGUUUCUAUCUAUUCGAUUCACUUUUGUUCCCUCUGUUUUAUUUAGCCAUAUUCUCCACAUGGGUUCUCUGUUCUUGACUAGAUUCUGGGAUCCUUGAGUAGGAAUUGAUUGAAAUCGUUAGAUAGGUAAGAUAGAUAUACCCGGAUCAGGAGGAAGAAAAAAUGUCAUUCAAAUUGAGAACAGAGCAACAGUACUCUGCUUCCAAUAAGAGCUCUGCUGUAUCUCAGAAAUGGACGCUUUUCCUCUGCCUAGCUUGUUUUUGCGGCGGAAUGCUCUUCACAAACAGGUUGUGGUCACUCCCUGAACCUAAAGGUCUAACAAGGACAACCACUGCAAUUGAAGCAGAAAAACUGAAGUUGAUCUCUGAGGGUUGUGGCUCUAUAGCUCUGCAUCAGAAAGAAGUGCUGCCAGACUCUAAGGACAUAGAUGGAGAAGUUCACAAAACCCACAAUGCCAUACACACAUUGGACAAGACAAUUUCAAGCUUAGAGAUGGAGCUUGCUGCUGCAAAGGCAACACAAGAGUCUAUACUCAGCGGCUCUCCUCAAUCAGAGGACUCGAAGAAGAGUUCUUCGUCGAGGAAGAGAAAGUACUUGAUGGUGGUGGGGAUCAAUACUGCUUUUAGCAGCAGGAAGAGAAGGGAUUCUGUUCGUGCCACUUGGAUGCCUACAGGUGAGAAGAGAAAGAAACUGGAGGAAGAGAAGGGUAUCAUCAUCCGAUUUGUCAUUGGUCACAGUGCUACAUCAGGAGGCAUUUUGGAUAGAGCCAUUGAAGCAGAAGACCAAAAGCAUGGAGAUUUCUUGAGGCUGGAUCAUGUCGAGGGUUACCUUGAAUUGUCAGCAAAGACAAAGAUCUACUUUGCUACUGCUGUUGCAUUGUGGGAUGCAGAUUUCUAUGUCAAAGUGGACGACGAUGUACAUGUUAAUAUAGCAACACUUGGAGAGACUCUAGUUAGGCACAGGAAGAAACCAAGGGUGUACAUUGGAUGCAUGAAAUCUGGUCCUGUCCUUAAUCAAAAUGUUUCUUUCUUCAAUAGGGGAGUGAGGUACCAUGAGCCUGAGUACUGGAAAUUUGGGGAAGCUGGAAACAAGUACUUCAGGCAUGCCACCGGGCAGCUCUACGCCAUCUCCCAUGACUUGGCUUCAUACAUUUCAGUAAACCAGCAUGUCCUGCAUAAGUUUGCUAAUGAGGAUGUCUCCUUGGGAUCAUGGUUCAUUGGCCUCGACGUGGAUCACAUCGAUGAUCGCAGAUUAUGCUGUGGCACUCCACCUGACUGUGAGUGGAAGGCUCAAGCUGGCAACAUAUGCAUUGCCUCGUUCGAUUGGACCUGCAGCGGGAUCUGCAGGUCAGCUGACAGGAUCAAGGAGGUUCAUCGGCGUUGUGGGGAAGGUGCGAAUGCUGUUUGGACUGCUAAAUUCUGACAGAGAAGAGAAGAACAAAUCUUUCGAGACUCUGGAAGAUGAAAGGGACCAAUGUGUGUUUUGAAUGUCAUGUUCUUGUAACUAUGUGAAUAUAGAGAAGAACAUUUCAGAGACCACACCCAAUACAUAGCCAGGGAGCCUGGCAAAGAGAGAGAGGUAGUAGAGAUUAGAAGAAUAGCUGGUUUGUGGGAGGUUCCCCAUUUUAGCAAGAGGGGAAUAGAGAAUCAGAAACCAGCAGAUAAGUGUUUUCUUGUUGCUAAUGGCUAAUUGGCAACUAUCUGGUUCAACAAAGAAUCAUUAUUUUUUUGAUGGCUUGGCUUGUGAGGCCAGAAAGUUGUAAGUUCUCAUUGCAAGUGGCUAUUCAAGCUAGCAAUAAUAAGUAUGUUGUAAUGACCUCAUGGUCGCUA